UAAAACUAUAUGAAGUAGUCCUCAAGGUCUUUGUUUGCCCCGUACUCCAUCCUCCGCUUUCUCUCUCUAGUUUCUUCUCCGGUCUCUCCGCAGGCACUUGGCUCUUUUGCGCGAUCUUCAUUCAAGCAUUCUAGGAUGAGUAACCAACCAGGAUCAUCCGAUGCGAUUGGUUCGUCUAAGAAGGAUUUCUCCACCGCGAUUCUCGAGCGGAAGAAGGCUCCGAAUCGUCUCGUUGUUGAUGAGGCCGUCAACGAUGAUAAUUCCGUCGUCGCUCUUCACCCUAAUACCAUGGAAAAGCUACAGCUUUUCCGAGGGGACACGAUCCUUAUCAAGGGAAAGAAGAGGAAGGAUACAGUCUGCAUUGCCUUAGCUGAUGAAUCAUGUGAUGAGCCGAAGAUCCGGAUGAACAAGGUUGUGAGGUCAAAUUUGAGAGUUCGUCUGGGUGAUAUCGUCUCUGUUCAUCAGUGCCCUGAUGUUAAGUAUGGGAAACGUGUCCAUAUACUACCCAUAGAUGAUACUAUUGAAGGCAUCACUGGAGAUCUAUUUGAUGCAUUUCUUAAGCCUUACUUUGUUGAGGCAUACCGACCUAUGAGGAAAGGUGAUCAUUUCCUUGUUAGAGGUGGUAUGAGGAGUGUCGAAUUCAAGGUUAUUGAGACUGAUCCAGGAGAAUACUGUGUAGUCGCUCCAGAUACAGAGAUCUUUUGUGAAGGGGAGCCUGUGAGGAGGGAGGAUGAGGAUAGGUUGGAUGAGGUUGGUUAUGAUGAUGUUGGUGGUGUAAGAAAACAGAUGGCUCAAAUUCGUGAAUUGGUAGAGUUGCCUCUGAGGCAUCCUCAGCUUUUCAAGUCUAUCGGUGUGAAGCCUCCUAAAGGAAUUCUACUUUUUGGCCCUCCAGGUUCUGGAAAGACUUUAAUAGCUAGAGCUGUUGCAAAUGAGACUGGUGCUUUCUUCUUUUUGAUCAAUGGACCUGAAAUUAUGUCCAAAUUGGCUGGAGAGAGUGAAAGCAAUCUAAGGAAGGCAUUUGAAGAGGCAGAAAAGAAUGCUCCAUCUAUUAUAUUUAUUGACGAGAUUGAUUCCAUUGCUCCGAAGAGAGAGAAGACAAAUGGUGAAGUUGAAAGGAGGAUUGUAUCUCAGCUUUUGACCCUUAUGGAUGGUCUAAAAUCCAGGGCCCAUGUCAUUGUGAUGGGUGCUACAAAUAGGCCAAAUAGCAUUGACCCAGCUUUAAGGAGAUUUGGCAGGUUCGAUAGGGAAAUUGACAUUGGUGUCCCUGAUGAAGUUGGGCGUCUUGAAGUUCUUCGGAUUCACACCAAGAACAUGAAACUCUCAGAAGAGGUUGACUUGGAAAGGAUUUCCAAAGAUACCCAUGGUUAUGUUGGUGCUGAUCUUGCUGCUCUAUGUACUGAAGCUGCACUGCAGUGUAUCAGAGAGAAAAUGGAUGUUAUCGACCUAGAUGAUGACACCAUUGAUGCUGAGAUACUGAAUUCCAUGGCAGUCACAAAUGAACACUUCCAAACUGCUCUUGGAACAAGCAACCCAUCUGCACUGAGAGAAACAGUUGUUGAAGUGCCCAAUUGCACUUGGGCCGAUAUUGGAGGGCUUGAGAAUGUUAAGAGGGAGCUUCAAGAGACUGUUCAAUAUCCCGUGGAGCAUCCAGAGAAGUUUGAGAAAUUUGGCAUGUCACCCUCAAAAGGUGUCCUUUUCUAUGGUCCACCUGGAUGUGGAAAGACUCUGCUGGCUAAAGCAAUUGCAAAUGAAUGUCAGGCCAAUUUCAUUAGUAUCAAAGGACCUGAGCUUCUUACCAUGUGGUUUGGUGAGAGUGAGGCUAAUGUUCGAGAAAUUUUCGACAAGGCCAGACAAUCUGCACCAUGUGUUCUCUUCUUUGACGAGCUUGACUCUAUAGCUACUCAGAGAGGAAGUAGUGUUGGAGAUGCAGGGGGUGCUGCUGACCGUGUGCUGAAUCAACUUUUGACUGAAAUGGAUGGAAUGAAUGCUAAGAAAACCGUGUUCAUAAUUGGGGCUACUAACCGACCCGACAUUAUCGAUCCUGCACUUCUACGUCCAGGCCGUCUUGAUCAGUUGAUAUAUAUUCCCUUGCCUGAUGAGGAAUCUAGGCUACAGAUAUUUAAGGCCUGCUUGAGGAAAUCUCCCAUCUCUAAAGAUGUGGAUUUAAGAGCUCUUGCCAAGUAUACACAGGGUUUCAGUGGAGCUGACAUUACAGAGAUAUGCCAACGAGCUUGCAAGUAUGCUAUUAGAGAGAACAUUGAGAAAGAUAUUGAAAGAGAGAGGGCAAGGAGGGAUAAUCCGGAAUCGAUGGAUGAGGAUAUUGUUGAAGACGAAGUGUCCGAGAUAAAGGCGGGUCACUUUGAGGAGUCGAUGAAGUAUGCACGCAGGAGUGUUAGCGAUGCCGACAUCCGCAAGUAUCAGGCAUUUGCACAGACAUUGCAGCAGUCUCGCGGUUUUGGCACCGAAUUUAGGUUUACUGAGACCGGAAGUGGAGCCGGAGCUGCUGCUGGUGCUGGAUCUGACCCGUUUGCAAGUGCUGCUGCCGGUGGAGGAGAUGAAGAUGAUCUAUAUAGUUAGGUUAUAUAUAUAGUUGUGACCUUCAUUCACUCCCAUCCACUCACAUGCAUGCAUACACUUGUUAUUUUUUUUUUUCAAGUUUAUUUAAGAAACCAUUGUUAUUUUGUUUUUGAGAUUAUUUAACAUUCUAUUUACAUUUAUGAUUUGGAAAACGCUACAACUGACAGUUGGUGAUUGAUUUCUGGACAAGAAUAUACUCACAACAUGGUUGGUUGGUUGCAUUUGUUUAAUAACUUUGAAUUUAGUUCAUAUCAUUUCUUUA